AGCUACUGAUAGUGCGUAUAACGUGUGACAAAUUCUAUUGAAGUAGGAAAGGAUAACAACCAACAACUCUUUUACCAAAAUUAUAUAUUUAGAUCUUUAUAAUAUCUUCCCCAAACAAUGUCAAAGCCCAUAACAUUCGUAACAGGAAAUGCCAAGAAGCUUGAAGAGCUUGUUGCCAUUCUCGGACCAAACUUCCCUCGCAAAGUGAUUUCCAAAAAAGUUGACUUACCCGAAUUGCAAGGAGAAAUAGAUGAAAUUUGUAUUAUUAAGUGUAAAGAGGCUGCAAAGUUGGUCGAUGGUCCUGUCCUCGUUGAAGAUACUUGUCUUUGUUUUAACGCCAUGAAGGGUUUACCAGGUCCUUAUAUUAAAUGGUUCUUAGAGAAAUUAGGCCCAGAAGGCCUCUAUCAAAUGCUUGCUGGAUGGGAAGAUAAAUCAGCUCGAGCUGUAUGCACACUAGGCUUCUCUGAAGGUGUCGAUUCGGAGCCAAUUGUCUUUCAAGGAAUUACCGAAGGAACAAUAGUACCACCGAGUGGCCCAAGGGAUUUUGGUUGGGAUCCAGUAUUUAAGCCUACAGACUACCAACAAACCUACGCUGAAAUGCCAAGGCUUGAAAAGAACAAGAUUUCACAUCGGUACCGGGCGCUUGCGGCGUUCCAAGAUCAUUUCAAAGCUGAAAAACAAUAAAAUCCAAGACAAAAUGAAGUGAUACACUUUAUUUGUAAAUUAAAAAAAGAACACACGGUAGAAAAGAAAAAACUUAAUUGA